UUGUUUUAUUUUCAUAACAGCACCGGGUUUGUGAAGGUUAAAGGCGUUUUGGACAGUAUCAGAGACACAGCAACUUUGACAGGGGUAUUUUAACAGUGGUUUAAAGAGAUGGGAGCAAGUUGUAGCAGUGACAGUUCCGCGGUAGACGCCGUCAUCACGGUCCGUACCGGCGACGUCAAGGGCGGAGGCACGGACGGGAACGUCUACAUCGCCCUGCACGACGUCAAGGGCAACCGGACCCGCGACGUGCUGCUCGACUGCCGCUGGAAGAACGACUUCGAGGCGGGAAGUCUGGACACGUUUAAGAUCACCCACGCCAGACUGCCGCACGAUCUGAAGGAGAUUGAGAUCUGGAGGGACAACUCAAUGAAGGCUGAUGACUGGUUUGUUGAGGUCAUCACCGUGGAUAUCGUGGGAGAACCGACCAAGUUUGUGUUCCCGGUGCAGAGGUGGGUGAACGCAGGCGAGCGGCUGUUCCUGACACAGUACGACAGCUGUCUGCCCCAGUUUGAACAGCACCCCGACCAGCGCACCAGGCUGCUGAACGCCAAGAGACAGCUGUACCAGUACCAGCAGAACGUGGAGGGGCUGCCUGUACAGAUCAAAGAAUUGCCGAGAGAUGAGCAAUUUUCCAAUGACUAUCGGCACGACAUAGUGAAGAAAAAGGUUGCGCUGAUCGCCCAGAGUAAGAUUGUCAACAUGACGUCAGACAAGUGGCGAAGUCUUGACGACUUAAAGAACGUGUACAAGAACAAUCUUGGCCCUCCCAAGGGCAUGGCCUAUUGGAAGGAAGACCUCAACUUCGGCGAGCAAAGGCUGAUGGGAUGCAACCCGAAUAUUUUCAAGCUCUGCAAAGAAAUCCCAGAAAAUUUUGGCGUGACAGCUGAGAUGGUGGAACCCUUUCUGGAGGGACUUUCUCUCGAGGAUGCCCUGGGGUCUAAGCGGCUCUACAUGGUUGACCUAACAUUCUUGGAGGGGACUGAGUGUACCAAUAACAGACAGCUUUGCGCCCCGUACGCUCUACUGUUCUGUAACAAGGACAAGGAUUUGAUGCCAGUCGCCAUUCAGCUUUUCCCAACCAAGGGGCCAGACAAUCCGGUGUUUCUUCCCUCCGACCCUACCUACACUUGGAUGAUCGCGAAAAUGUGGUACAACAUGGCCGACUGCUCUUUUCAUCAAUCAUGCACUCAUCUGGGACUCACUCACAUCAUUGCCGAGUCCUGCGCGAUCUGCACCCAUCGCCAACUGUCUGCAUCACACCCGAUGUUCCGCCUGAUGGCGCCCCACUUCCUGUACCUACUGGCUAUCAACACUCUUGCACUGGAGAGGUUGGUUUGUCCAGGUGGAUGGAUCGACAAAACGAUGCAGAUGGGAAGGGAUGGACUGUUCAACAUUGUGAAGAAAGUCUGGAAAGACUGGAGGAUGGACGUUCAGGGUACUCUUCCCGCUGAGCUGGAGAACCGUGGGGUGGAUGAUGUUGAGGCCCUCCCCAACUACCCGUACCGUGAUGACGCCCUCCCCAUCUGGCACGCCAUCAACAGAUACGUCAGGAAGGUGGUGGAGGCAACAUACGACGUUCCAGCGAAGAUUGCCGAAGACCACGAGCUCCAGGCCUGGGCACGAGAGUUAGGAGCACCCCUGACGGAAGGAGGCUGUGAAAUAAAGGGAGUGCCUGGCGAUGGGAAGUUUACGACUGUUGACGAGAUCGUUGCCACGGUGACGUCCAUCAUAUUCAUCUGUAGUGUCGGCCACGCAGCCGCCAACUUCGCCCAGUACGACGAGUACGCUUUUCCUCCAAACUACCCAGCAUUCAUGCACGGAGAACCACCUAAGACCAAGGAUCCUCUAACGGAACAAGACAUCAUCAGCGCCCUCCCCAACAAGUCCCACACCCUGGACAUCAUGGUAGUCACCAAGAUCCUGAGUGACAGGGGGACACAACCACUGGGCGACUUCGAGAGGCAGUACAUGUAUGAUCCGCUAGGCGUCAAGGCGUGGAAAGAAUUCCGUCAGGAGCUUGACGCCAUUUCUAAGGAGAGCACUGAACGAGACAAAGCGAGGAAGAAUUCGUACCCAUACCUCAACCCCAGCGAAAUUCCCAACGCUAUUAGUAUCUAAAACAGCAAAGCAAACAUUGGAAGCUCUGAGAUCAAAGUCUAGUAAAACACUUGUGUACUAUCUAUGUUUACUGCAAUGUUACUGCUAACGGAAAAUGAUGCAAUAAGAGUCAUAGAGAACACAAUGUUUGUGAUGACGCACAGGCUACCACGUAUACUAUAAGCUUAGUUUGAUGUUUCAAUACAAUGAUUGACGUUUUACCAUAUUUGGCAUGUUUUAUUCCAGUAAGGUUUGACAACAGGAAAUGUACGGAUAACCACUAAUAUGUGGUAAUCUAUCCAGAGCUGUCCAUAUUUGAACCUGUAUAUUUUUCCUUUGUAUAAUAUGUUACACAUUUUUUACACAGUUUAUAAGAGAUGUGUGUGAUUGCUAAGUUUUUAGUAGUGACUUCUUUUAACCGCUGUUCGAAUAGUUUGCUGCUAAGUCAUAGGUCAGAUCUUUGUGUGAAAGAAGUGAAACAUUAUGCGCUGCUACUUUCUUAAUGUGUUUGUAUAGUUUGGACCAUUACCUAAGCUAUCGGGUAUAAUCAUAAUUCAUGGUGGUAGUUUCUUAGUAUCACAUAUGUAGUGUAGCCAGUUUCUUUAGCAUUUUUGUAGAAUGAUUCUUCUUUGGAUAUACUACAAGGAGAGGCUGCUGAGCCCUUCGACCAACUAUGAGAAUUUCAAGCUUAUAAGAGUAAGAUUAAGUAUAAUAUUUAAUAGUGGGCGUGCACUUUACUAUCUGCUGUACAUACUAUUAGAUAGGUUAUAAUGUGUGUCGCUUUACUAGAUCGGAAGACUUAUAUAAAGGUAGAACAGAAAGGUUGAAGAAUUGUGAUUAUCAAUUUAUUUGUUGUAUCUAACGUUAGGCCAUGUGGAUUUGAUUACAUGGAUGACAUCCUCUGGGAACCCCAAAACUGAUGCGAGCGUGCGAAUAAAUAAGGUUUUGGCAAAUAAAUGUCUUCG